CUUUCAACUAGUAGCGUUCUGGAUGAUUGUCAGAGCCGCGCUUUUUCAUGUGCAUCAAUCCGCGAAAGCAAAAAACUACAUCUUUUUGUGUUCAACACCGCCGAUCGUGAUAGGUAUUCAGGGCCGACAGGGAGUGAUCAAAUUUGGUAAUGCAUUCGGUGGGGAUUUUUUUUUCUUUCUUGUCUGACUUGCUUCUUUUUUUUUGACACGUACGCGAUUGACACCUUUUUUGGGCAUGUCACAAUCAAUCAAGCGUCGGGUCAGUUCAGACGACGAAGUCAAUGGGACGUCUUCUUCGGCAGGUCAUUCUUCUCCUAGUAACAGCAGUCAGAGAAAGCGGGCCAAAGUAUCGCCAGCCCAAGAUAAUGAAGAAACAAGCGACGAUAACGUUUCCGUCUCUGAAGAGUUGGAAGUGCAGCAAGACGCGGAACAUACCAGGACUCAAGUCGAUAUCUCGUCUACGCUGGAUGUCGCGGAAGCAGGCACCAUUGCUCGCGUCGAAGUCGUGAACUUCAUGUGUCAUAAGUACCUCAAAGUGGAUCUUGGACCAAAAAUCAACUUCGUCAUUGGUCACAACGGCAGUGGAAAGAGUGCUAUCUUGACCGCGAUUACCAUUGCCUUGGGUGCCAAAGCCAAUUCCACCAAUCGUGCCAAAAACCUUGGCGCUCUUAUUCGUGAAGGUGCAAACGCUGCGCAGGUGGUGGUGAAAAUCACCAACAAGGGUGCCGAUGCCUAUCGACAUGACAUUUACGGCGAUUACAUUCAGGUGGAACGUAAAUUGCACAAAGACGGCACCGGUGGUUAUAAGAUCAAGGAUGAUAAAGGAAGAAUUGUCUCCACCAAGCGAGAAGAAUUGACCGCCAUUUGCGAUUUCAUGUCCAUCCAAGUUGACAAUCCCUUGACUGUUCUCAGUCAAGACAAUGCGCGUCAGUUUCUCAACUCCAGCACGCCUCAGGAUAAAUACAAGCUGUUCAUGCGUGGUACGCAGUUGGCUCAAUUAGCCGAAGACUAUGAUGCAGUGCGUGAAAGUAUCGAUAUUACGCGAACCAUCCUUGAACGUAAAAAGCAGUUUUUGCCGGAUCUGCAAAAGAAGGCUAAGGAAGCCGAAAUUAGAUUUAAGGAAAUGUUGGAGACGCGCGAAAUUGAUACCAAGAUUGAUGAGCUCAACAAUGAACUGGUCUGGGCUCAAAUCAUUCGCAAAGAAAAGGAUGCAACCGCUGUCAAAGCCGAUGUGGGUCUAGCCGAAAAACAGCUGGAAGAAACCAAAGCUCGCUUGGAUCGUUCCAAACUGAAAACCGCCAAGUUUGUUGAAGAAAUUCAAAAUAUGACCGAAAAAGUCGAUGGCUUUAGACGCUCCAAUGUUCCCGAUCAAACCGAGAAACGAAAACUCACGGAAGAGAAAUUGGCAAAGGAGGAGAGCUUGCGUGGGCUUGCUAGCGAUAUCCGUCAAAUCAACAGUUACGUGAAAGACGCCAAAGCCCGCAUACAGAAAUAUGACAGCAAUAUUGCAGCCGAAAACGCUAAGCUAGCUUCCAUUAACCGCGAUAAAAUGGAAAAGAUCAAUGCCAAGAUCAAAGAGCUCACCGAGAUGAAGCAUCAAAAAGUCAGCCAACAGCAGGAGUAUAACCAAAAGCAAAAGGACCUCAACGGCGAACACGACCGAUUAGACAAUAAAUCCAAAGAGCUGACCAUGAAAACCAGAAAUCUCAAGUCGCAAAUGGAUGAUAUUCGAAGCACACUUCGCAACUUGCGAGCACAGAAAGAGAACAAGCUCAAAGCAUUUGGAUUGAACAUGCCGGAUGUGUUGAGUGACAUUGAAGCCGAGACUCGAUGGCGCAUGCGAAAACCCGUGGGGCCGUUUGGUCGGUACCUCCAUUUAUCCCAUCCUCAAUACGCAGACGUGUUGGAAGUGGUGCUUGGAAAACAGCUCAACUCUUUUGCUGUGGAAUGUUUCCAAGACAAGGCCUUGUUGAUGCAGAUUCUUCAACGCCGCAACAUGGCCCGUAUUCCCAUCGUGGUCGCCAAAUACGAUCUUUUCGAUUAUUCCCAAGGUGAACCUCUCCCCGAAUUUCUUACCAUUCUCCGGGCGCUACGUUUUGAAGAUGAGUGGGUCAAGCGUCAGAUGAUUAUUUCGAGCAAUAUCGAGCAAGUGAUUUUGAUGGAGGAUCGUGCUGAAGCCGAUCGAUUGAUGUAUCAACGUCCCGCCAACGUCAAAGGCUGUUUCACCAAGCACGGUCACAGCAUCGGUGCCAAGCAGGGUAUGCGUACCGAUACCAUUAACAAGUACCGGGGUCCGCCACGGUUCAAAAAGGAUAUCGAGCCUGAGAUUCGAGAAGCGGAGCAGAAUAUGCAACAGUUAUUGGGCACAGAGAGACGCUUGCAGGACGAGUUACGACAAUGUGCUUCAGAACUGACCAGGGUUCGCUCUCAGUUGAACGAGGCCAAGUCCGCUGUCGCGAAAUUAAGCAGUGAUAUUCGUCGCAUUGACAAUGAAAUCGAGCGAUAUCAGGAAAUGAUCAAAGAAGAUGAACCAGUCAACAUCGCUGCCAUUGAAGAAGAAAAAGCGGAAUGCGAGAAGAAGAUCAAGGCGCUGGUUGGCCAGUUUACCGGAUUAAAAUCGAGCGAACGAGAGAUUCAUGAAAGCUUGAUUGGCAUCACCGAACGUCUCGCGGAAAUUGAAGGCGAAGAAGAGGCGCGAGACCAAGAAAUACGUACCAUGCGUGAAAAUAUUCAAAAGAUUGAAGCCUUGCGAUCCAAUGAGCUUCAAAAUGUGAACAAGCUGCAAGAAAAGUAUGAUGCACGCGUGAUCCGCCUGGAAAGUCUACGCAACGAAGCUCGACAGCUCGAACGAACGUGUCAGGCUUGGAUUGAACAAGCCAUGGCAGAAUAUCCCGAUCGUGUCGACACCAACCGAAGAGCGGAAGAGAUCCAGCGUAAAAUCCAACAUUUGGAAGUGAUUCGUACUGAGAAAGAAAAAGCAGUCGGCGCCAGUUUGGAAGAAGUGGAACAGGAAGCCAAGGACGCGUUAAUAGCAUGGGAUGACGCUAAAACCUCGAUCGAACAAAUGGAAGGCCUCAUCAAGAAUAUGAAGGUGAUGCUGGAAGAACGUAUGGCGCGCUGGGACGUCUUCAAAAUGUACAUGUCAUUAAGUGCCAUGGGUCAUUUUUCGUAUUACAUGCAUAAGCGUGGUGAUACCGGUCAAUUGAAAUUCAACCAUGCCAAGGAACGCCUGGAGGUUAGAGUGGCUACAGGCGAUCAAUUCCGAAAAGGCACUCGACAGAAGGAUUCCAAAUCACUGUCCGGCGGUGAAAAAUCAUUUUCUCAAGUUAGUUUGCUUCUUUCACUGUGGCAAAGUAUUUCUUCUCCCAUAUUAUGUCUUGAUGAAUUUGACGUAUAUAUGGACGCUGUCAAUAGAAAACAAAGCAUGAAGAUGAUGAUGGAUUCCGCCCAUGAGAACAGUUCACAAUAUAUCCUCAUCACACCUCAAGAUGCCAGCAACAUGAAACCGGGACCUUAUGUGACGAUCCAUCGCUUGGCAGAUCCGGAACGCCAUGCGGAAUAGAAUGUUGGGUUGGGGGUCAUUUGUAAUGUAAUUUUAUUCUUUUUUUCUUUCUCGUGGUUUCGCAUCACCAAAAAAUGUACAUGAUUAUAAAUAAAAUAAAAUCUUGCCAAGC